AUGAAUAAUGGUCCUGAAGUUGUACUGAUUACAAAAUCCUGGCUUUCUCCAAAUAUACCAGACACAGCAAUAUCGAUUAAUGAUGAAUACAAAAUAUUUCGCAAAGACAGACCCACCCUUGGCGGAGGAGUUCUUACUUAUGUACAUCAAAGUAUACCUGUUAGUCGUAAGUUAUUUGAUGAAGACAAUGAUAAAGAGGUGCUAUGGUUAGUACUUAAACCAACAAGAACGCCUCGCCCAUUUAGUGCAAUUAUCAUCGUCAUUAUUUAUCAUCCACCUGGGCAAAGUGCCGAAAAAGAACAUAAUAUGAUUGAAUAUCUCAUCAAAAAUUUAGAUCAGUUACUAUGUGAACGUCCAUCCUCUGCAAUUAUAGUUGCUAGAGAUUUCAUUAAAUUAAACUUGACUAAUCUAUGUAAUUGUUUCAAUUUAAAAAAAUCUACCCUAUACCCAACCAGAGGAAAAAACGUUUUGGAUCAAGUCUUGACCAAUAUGCGAGAUAUGUACAAACCAACACAGCAUCUACCACCUUUGGGACGUUCUGAUCACCAAUGCCUUCUAUUAGUACCAAAACAGAAAGAAAAAACACCAAAAAUUCCCAGAAGGGUAAGACUCUUAACACCUGGAAAAGUAAAUGUCUUAUGCAGAAAACUUAUUCUUGAAGAUUGGUCGGAGGUCUUUAAUGCAGAAGAUGUAGAUGAAAAAGUAAAUGCUUCUACAUCGACGAUGGUUAGUAUUAUGGAUGAAACUAUUCCUGAAAAAACAGUACGAAUGCAUACUUCAGAUAAACCUUGGAUGACAAGCUUUAUAAAAUCAAAGAUCAAAGCCAGACAACGUGCUUUCUCUUGUAAUAAUCAAGCACGUUAUGAAAAACUAUGUUAUGAUGUCUCAAAACUUAUAAACAACACCAAAAUUUCAUAUUACAAACGAAAAGCAAAAGACUUUCGUACGACUAACCCUAAAAAAUGGUGUAAAUCAAUCUUCUUAGUGUUGGGAAUUAAUGACGGGAAUAAUGUAAAAAGAAAUGUUAAUGAUAAAAAUGUACUGGAACUAGCUGAAAAAUUACAACAAGUCUUUACAAAACCUUGGUUAAACCAAUAUCCCAAUUACGAAAUUGAAGAUAACUUGAUCAACCAAACGCUUAAAGAUAUUAAACCUCCUUUACCAUCUAUUGGACAGGUCAAGAGUUGUCUACAGCACCUAAAUCCCAGAAAAGCAACAGGAGAUGACAAAAUUCAGGCAUGGAUACUUAAACGUUUUUGCGAAGAUCUUGCACCAGUCGUACACAAUAUAGUAACCACAAGUAUAAAACAAUGCAAGUACCCCAGCCAAUAUAAACAUGCACUAAUAACUCCAGUUGCUAAAGUUAAUAAUCCAAGCAAUGUUGAAAAUGACGUCAGACCUAUAUCUGUCCUUCCUCAAAUGGCUAAAGUAAUAGACAAACUUCAACUCCAUUUGAAUAAAUCAGAUUUUAAAAUAAAGAGUAACUAA